AUGCGCACGCCCUUCGGCCCAGAACUGCACCCGAAUUUGCCGGCCCCGCGUUGCCCCUUGAAAGUCUGGAAUGAUGGACCUCUUUACGCUGCUGCACGCUCGUCUCCAACAACACGACCCCCAUCCUUGACUCUCAAGGUCUCAAUGACGAGCACCCUCCCACCUUUCGUGCAAGCCUCCUCUGGUGCGCUUGGUGCGGCGUCUGCCAACACCCUCUCUUAUCCGCUCGACGUCAUCACGACCCGCGUUCAGACUGGACAAUAUAAGUCACUACAGCAAGUACUGGCGAAGCACGGCUUUGCAUCGCUGUAUGACGGAAUAGGGUCUGAUUCAUGGGCAACUUUACUCUCGAGUGGGCUCUACUACUAUGCGUACUCGUACCUACGCUCUCUUUAUACCCGCCGGAAACCCAGAGGAGCAAUGUUGUCUGUCCCGCAAGAACUGGCAAUUGGAUACCUCGCUGGCAUAGCCAGCAGGGCGAUCACGACUCCUUUGAAUUGCGUCACCGUCCGACUUCAAACCGCGCGAGACGGCGAUAAGGAUGAGGGUUCGAGCACGAGCGGGUUUACCGACACUGUGAAGCAGAUGUAUGAGGAGAGUGGUUUUUCUGGCUUCUAGAGAGGUUUCCAGACGACGUUCCUCCUCUCUCUCAACCCCGCGAUCUCCCUUCUCC